ACUAUGGUUGAGCAUUAUUGACUAGUAUAUUGUUUUUCUCUUACACGUUUAUAAAAUUGCUCUCAUUUUCUCUUCUUUUUCAUCAUUUCUGUAGAUAGAGAUAUCUUAAACCCCAAUCCAGUUCAACGCAUAAAGCAGCACCAGAUUUGCGUAAAAACCACUUGAUUAGCUUCACCCUCUCUCUCUCUCAUGACUUCGACUUGAAGUCUGAUUUUCUCUAACCCCCUUUAAAUCAUCAAAUAAAUUCAACAUUUUUAAACUCCAACAUCACAUAAACUACUUUUAAACACCCCACCCCUAAUUCUGGCUUACUUGAUCAUCAUCAUCAAUGGCACGCCAAUCCAGUUAUGUGAAGCCAAAGCUAAGGAAAGGUCUUUGGUCACCGGACGAAGAUGAGAAACUGUUCAAUCACAUAACUAGAUUUGGUGUCGGCUGCUGGAGUUCAGUCCCUAAACUAGCCGGUUUGCAGAGGUGUGGAAAGAGCUGUAGAUUGAGGUGGAUAAACUAUUUGAGGCCUGACCUGAAGAGAGGAAUGUUUUCACAAGAAGAGGAGGAUCUUAUUGUUAGUCUACAUGAAGCUCUUGGUAACAGGUGGGCUCAAAUUGCAGCACAGCUGCCGGGAAGAACAGACAACGAGAUAAAGAACUUUUGGAACUCAUUUUUGAAGAAGAAACUAACGAAACAGGGGAUUGAUCCAAAUACCCACAAGCCGAUAACCGAAGCGGAAGCGGGAAACGGAAAAAAUUGGGCAGAAAAUUCAUCAAUGGCAUCAUCAGAUUCGAAAAGACUUCCAACUGCAUUGGAGCAGCAAGAAGCUCAAUUCAACAGCACAAGCUACUACGAAGGUGGAUUGACCGAAGCUUCGAGAGAGCAACUCGAAAGCAAACCAAUAUUUGAUCCCUUGUUGUUGUAUGAAUUCCAAGGGAGUUUCAAUAAUCCAACUUUGUACAACUUUCAGCAAAAUCCAAGACCUUACGAUCAGACCCAUAUGGAGGUGAACGAAAAUCCCCUGUUUGGAUUCACUUCAAUGCCCAACUUGAUGAGUUUCGAUCACGGGAACGCGGCCGAGGCAGAUUUUUCGGGUAAUUCGACCUCGCAAAUGAGUUCGGUUUUCUUCAGUGGAGGCAAGGAAAUCAGUUCGGGUAGUAGCUCCAACGUCAACAAUAUGGUGGAAAAUGCGGCAUUCUCGUGGGGCACCGACAAGUUAGAGUCGGUGUUCGAGUGUCAAAUGAAUGGGAUUAUUCAUAAGUCUGGAGAAAUGAAAGCAAGUCCUUGGGCAGAAGAUUUUGGUGGCUAUCCAAUGACAUCACUAUCAGAAGGUGUUUUCCAGGAAUUGUGAAGUGUAAAUUUUUUUUAUUUCUUUAAUUUUUUUUUCACUCUCUACAAACAGAAACACACGACUGUUGAUAGUACAGGAAAGUCCUACUAUAGGUUUGAGGUGAACAUCUCUCUCUCCCUAUUUGGUUUCGGUUUCGAUUUUGGUUUUGGUUUUGGUUUUGUUGGAUUUCAUUAGAGAAUAAUGUUGUUGAUACUCAUUCGGAAAUGUUUGUUACGAGAGUUGAAAUGUAAGUCUUUACAGUUGUACGAGUGAAAACUAAUUUGUGUUCAAAUCUAGAGAUCAUGUUAGUUUGGAGAUUA